AUGGAUCUCAGAAGACAGGUUUUAACCGUAUUGAUGUUGUUUGUAUGUAUUAUUGUUACACAAAACCAUGCUGUGUCGACUUCUAAUGAUGGCAGUGACGUGGACAUUUCCAAACGGGACAGUGUUUCCAAAAAGUCGACUGCACCUGAAACUGACACAGUCGCGCCGGUUAAGCCGCCAGUUUCCAAAGACAAUUCCACAUCAAACAGUACCGAUGCAGGUGCUGAUGGUUUCUUUGGGUCUUUAGUAGAAAAUAAGGAUAUGUUGCUGAGAACGCUGUACGUGCUCAUAGGAGUGACAUCAGUGGUGAUCCUGUACUUCGUUUUCCGGGCAUGGAGAAUCAGAGGACGGAGGUCAAAAUCUAGGAAGUAUGGACUUAUCACAACAAGAGGAUCAGAUCUGGAGAUGGCACCGCUAGAUGCUGAUGAUGAAGAUGAUGAUCUGACAGUUUUUGAAAUGAAUGACCGACAUAAAUAA